GACUUCCGUCGUCCAAUCAAUUAACAGCAUGCUGGGUCACAUGACUCGCCGUUGAGCGCCUUCGUUCUGCUGUGAAGGGACGUAACCGCGCGUCCUGCGGGAGAAACUCCUAAACUUACGCAUCGCGCUGUCAGCGUCGCGUUUUCUCCCGUCCCAGCGCGUCAGAUAAGCGCCGCUCGGCCGCUCGAGCUCGGGGAGAGCCCCGCGAAAGCGAUCGAUUAUGCCGGUCCGUACCGACUGCUGUCAGGGCUCGCCGCUGGCCUGCUUGGCCUCGGCCUCUCUCGUUCCGCCCCCGCCGAUCAAUACCCAGCAGCCCGGCGUCAACACCUCUCUGCUCUACAGCGGCUCCCAGUUCCGCGGGUACCAGAAGAGCAAAGGAAACUCGUACGACGUCGAGGUGGUCCUGCAGCACGUGACCAUGGAGGACUCAGACCUGUGUGGAUACCUCAAGAUCAAAGGUCUGACCGAGGAAUAUCCCACGCUUACUACAUUCUUCGCUGGGGAGAUCAUAAGCAAGAAACGGCCUUUUUUAACCAGGAAAUGGGACGCCGAUGAGGACGUUGACCGAAAGCACUGGGGGAAGUUUCAAGCCUUUUAUCAGUACGCAAAAAGUUUUAAUUCGGAUGAUUUCGACUAUGAGGAGCUAAAGAACAGUGACUACGUUUUCAUGCGGUGGAAGGAGCAGUUCCUAGUUCCAGAUCACACAAUCAAAGACAUCAGCGGUGCUUCCUUCGCAGGCUUCUACUACAUCUGUUUCCAGAAGUCUACAGCCACCAUAGAGGGCUACUACUACCACAGAAGCUCCGAAUGGUAUCAGUCUUUGAACCUCACGCACGUCCCCGAACACAGCGCACCCAUCUACGAGUUCCGGUGACACCGAAGUCCUGGAGGUGAAUCUACAGAGGAAACGGACACGAGAUGAGAGGAACUGUCUUAACGAUUACGCCCCCAGGACUCGGCUGUCCUCUCCCCUCAGCGAAAGAACAAACGGAGGUACGGACGAUGGAGGAAGGGACUCUUUCGGGAGACUCUCUGCACAAGCCGAUCAAGCGAGCGGGAUUCGGGGAUACGCAGCAGUGUUAGCGUUUCGUUUUUAUCCUUUUAUGUUUUCAACGCCUCUGUCCUCCGAUCAUCUCAGAAAACUAUUUAUAUCCUUAAAGUUUGGGGAUUGAAAUCAGUUUUUCUUUGCCCUGGAUGGAAGAGCCAAUGGUGAUGUUUUUCUCGUUGUUUUUUUUUUUUUUUUUUUUUUUUUCUCGCUUUUUGAUAAAAAAAAAAAAAAAAAAAAGCAUGGCCAAUCUAGAAGUUUUGAAAUUGGUUUUAAUUUAUUUUUAAUCAUUCUGUAUGAAAAGACCGAGCGGGACGCUGGAACGUCUUUUGAAGACGUGUCAAAGAUACGACGGAUGUGGAGAGUCUCUGUUGUCUGUGGCUCGCUUGGCCCUCAGACGGUGUUUUUUUUUUUUAUUAACGUAAGGUGUAUCAUCAAAAGACGUAUAUAGCAGCUGGGUCCUUCGCUUCUACGUGUGAUAUAUUUUUAUUAUGAAAUGGAGUCAGGUGUUUUGGAAAGAGGUGUGUG